AUGCGCUCUUCGUCUCUACUCCUUGCAUCUGCCGGCCUAGCCGCCGCAGCACCCUUCUCUUACCCACUGGCAAAUGGAUUUCCAAAUCUCAAUUCCACCGAGAUGGAACAGGUUUACAAGCUUGCCGGUGGGACCCCACCCAAUGGAGCCCUUCCUAGCAGCUUGAAGCCAAACGGUGUCCAGGCACUCCAACUCAUUGCUGCCAAUGAGCUGUUUGAGGUGGCGUUUUUCACUGAGCUCGUCCACAAUAUCACGAGCAAAGUGCGCGGGUACAGCGAUGGCAACCACAAAUAUAUCAUUGAUACUCUCACUUCCGUUAUCAAUCAGGAAGAAGUCCAUGUUCUCGCCGCCAACGGAGUCCUAGCCAGUGCAAACAAAACCACCAUCCAACCCUGCCAAUACGACUUCCCUGUCUCUGAUUUCCGCUCCGCGAUUGCUCUCGCGCAAACCUUCACCGAUGUGGUCUUGGGGGUCCUUCCCGCUGCACAAGGCCUAUUUGCAGCUGAUGGAGGAGACGAAGCCGCUCUUGUUCCUAUUGUUGGAUCGAUCAUCGGCCAAGAAGGACAACAGAGCGGCUACUACCGUUUCCUUCAGAAGAAGGUUGCCUCGGCUGCUCCUCUUCUCACAGGUGGCGCCCCGCAAUUUGCAUACACAGCCAUCAGCCAGUUUAUCGUGCCAGGCUCUUGCCCAAACAUUGAGGUAAUUGGCCUCAAGGCUUUCCCGGCCUUGACUUUAGAGUCAACACCAAGGGCAAACAAUAGCGUGCAGACGUUCUCCGUAUCCGGAGCCGUCAGUGCUGCGAAUGCGACUUUGGUGUAUAUUUCAGGGCAAAACUUGCCGGUUAGUGUGCGGGUUAGCAAUGUCACGAUGGCGGGCAACAAGACGACCUUCGCGGCAAGUUUCCCAUACCAGAGUGGUUUUGAUAGGGGACUCACACUGGGCGCCUUGGUUGCGGGUGCGAACAAGAGGUUCAAUUCUACUGCUGAUGUGGCAGCGAGUACCUUGUUUGGGCCAGCCUUGAUCGAAGUUGACUAG